GGCAAAGGAUACGUAUCGCGUCUGUUGGUGAGCAACAACUACGGACAGUUCCUGUAUAACCUGCGACAUUUCCAUCAUGUCAACGGCGAAGAUACCUGUCAUCAUUGAUACUGACCCGGGGGUCGAUGAUAUCUUGGCACUACUGCUGGCUUUGGCUAGUCCUGAAAUAGAGGUCCUAGCCAUCAUCAUCUCCUUCGGAAACACCGAUGCGGAGGCGUCCUACGUCAAUGUGCUCAAGACAUACCAAGCCAUCCACCGACAAUUGGAGCAGUUUCCGCAAGAUGCGUACCGUUACGUCAACUUCUCCCAAGAGCGGAAGACAAUAUUAGCAGUGGGAGAAGAUGGUCCGCUAGAAGGGGCGUUGCAUAGCGCCAAAUACUUCCACGGAAGAGACGGUUUGGGUGGCAUCACGCAGAGUCAUCCCGAUCUCAAUGUCGAUGAUAACCACCCAUCACAGCACCCUCAGCUGGAACUGAGCAGCAAGUCUGGCGUCGAGGUUGCGCUCAAUCUGAUUAAAUCGGAACCCGAGCGCACAAUAUCAUACAUCGCUCUUGGCCCCCUUACCAACCUCGCGAAGAUACUGCGCCUCGAUCGAGAAGCCGUACGUGACCGCAUUGGUCGCGUCGUCUGUAUGGGUGGGGCGUUGGAUGUCCCUGGGAAUCACAAUCCCGUGUCGGAGUUCAAUGUCUUUGCGGACCCAUUCGCUGUCAAGGAGCUCCUCACGCCAGAUGACCUCGAGCAGGGCCUGCCAUUGAAUCGGUUCCUCUUACUCCCCCUCGACAUAACGACCCCGCACGAGAUCAGGUUUCCCUACUACAAAGAGAUGGUCGACCCAGCGUUCGAGUCAACUGCUUUUCCGUCGCAGCCAGAAGGGAAGCCGCCCAUCGUGCAUUUCACGAGCUCUUUUUUCGAACGCACGCGAGAAGUGAUGAGACAAUUUGGCAAAGACGCUAUGGAGCUGCACGAUAUCGCCGCAGUAUGGUGUGCUAUCGAGAAUCCCCCUGUCAGAGACGAAGACCCAGAUCCGGCAGCACUGCCCGUGCUGCAACAAGGAUGGAAGGCCAUGCGCAGGAAAUUCGGCGUCGAACGAUUAGGAGAACUGACGCGCGGCAUGUUCGUUAUCGACCGGCGAGAGGACCCCAGCGCCUACGCCCCAGGCGCGAACCGGGCGAAGGUACAAGCAGAGCUCGACCGGCUCAAUUUCCAGCACUCCGGCGUGUAUGAGUCCACUGCGGUCCCGGCGGAGGUCGAGGUCGAAACUCCCCCGGUUUUCAAGGACAGGAGUCAUGUACACGCGCAGGUGUCCACCGGCGCGACCGCGACCGAUACGCUAGAUCGUCCAUCAGACGGACAGAUGAAUGGAGUUGCGGGAGGGGUUCCUUGCAUUACGAGAACGCCAGGCUCUGCGGCGCUGGUCAAGCUCCUUCUCGAACGGGUCUGGGGAGUCAGGUCGUAAUCAGGGUGCAGGCGAGGGAAUUGGGCCGCUUCUUCCCGUGCCGACGAGAUCGGAGGAAUUCGUGUGCUUAAGGGUGCUUUUGUAUCAGAUUGUGUACUCGUAUCUGGUAGAAUACUAACGCUGAUAGUGCACGGGCGGGCAGUGCUCGGGUGCAAGG